UUGGCGAAAGUAAAAAAAAAACAUAAAAUAAUAAAAUGCCCCCAGCCUUAUUUCCUUCCAUCUCUUUAUCUGUUGCCUCCAAGUGAGGCUAUUAAGAAACUAUGGAUCCAGCUUCAACCACUCCAAGCGGUGACACGGCUACCACCACUACUACUACCAGCACAACAGAUGUAACAUCAACGACUACAGUCCCACCUACUACCACUACCACCACCACAGUCGACCCUACAACAACAACGACCAGCGUCAUUCCAACAACAACCACCACUACUACAUCAGUUCCAACAACCACCACCAUUGCAUCGACCUCUCCUACCACUACCUCCGCUCCAACCACUAGCAUUCCAACCACUUCAGCCCCUUCUAUACCCACUUCAUCCAUUACUACCCCCUCUAUCACCCCAACUACAACUACAACCACCACUACUGCUACAACCACCACAGAUCCUCCUACCAAGUCUGUCCCGGCAACCACUUCAUCGCUCUCCACGUCUUUCAGCCUAAUAUCCUAUACCUCCAACAAUGAAGUGAUCGUUUCAACCACAGCUGUGUUGGUGACUAUCACACCUGCUCCGGCUGGCGAAGGCGUUGGUACAAGCACUUCAAGCGGACCCAAUGCAGCAAUCAUUGGAGGAGCGGUUGGAGGAGUAGUGGCAUUUGCUGCCAUAGUCAUAGCGGCUUGGGUAUUCUGGAUUCGGCGGAAAAAGCAACGCAACGGUUCCGGUAAAGGUCUGGAAUUUUUUGCUGAAGAGGACGAAGAUAUGUCUUAUGAGCGCAUGUAUGCUCCUUCGCCACCACCAUUUAAUUCCAAACGAAUUUCCAUGAACACCCCGUCCGAAGGCAGCCAUGGCUAUAGAGAUUCCAUCAGCUCUAACCGCAUGUCCACCACCCUGGAUGAACUGCUCGACCCUCGCCCUCUGCUCAUGUCAGAACAUAGCUCGGUGGCAGGUACCUCUAUUAAAGAUCCACUAUCGGUGCGCCAAAACCAAAGAUUACGUGUUCUUGUUGGCUCAGGAGGCACCAUCAUACCCUCGACGUCUACUCAAUCUUCAGACGAACACAAACCAGACGCCGCUACCCAUUCACCAGAUCACGCCUGAUUUCAGCAUACCCCUCUCCUAGCUUUUCUAUUGCUAAAAAAAUAUUUUUAUUUGUGCCAUUUACUUCUUGUCACAAGCUCCAUUUAAAAAUACCAUGGAUAUAUAUUUAUUGAACACAUGCAUAAAGCUAGGAUAUUGCAUCCAAAAACAAAUAAUAACGUCCAAAU